CAAUCUUUCUGGAGAGUAUAAUCAAACCACAGCGAGAGAGAGAAAACAAAAGAGAACCCCAAAGAAGCUAAUAUUUACAGUUUCGCCGCAAAGUUUGUGUUUCUGAGUAUUUAACCCCCCCCCCCCUCGAAUCUGAGCUAUUCGCCAUGUGUGGAGGAGCUAUAAUCUCCGAUUUCAUCCCUCCGCCGAGUUCCCGCCGCGUCACGAGCGAGUUUCUCUGGCCGGAUCUGAAGAAGAACAAGGGGAAAGCUUCGAAGAAGCGAUCCGAUUUCUUCGAUCUGGACGAUGAGUUCGAGGCUGACUUUCAAGGGUUUGAGGAUGACGACGCGUCUUUUGACUGCGAAGACGAUGAUGAAGAUGAUGAUGUCUUCGCUAAAGUGAAGCCCUUUGUCUUCACCGCGACCACCAAGCCCGUAGCUUCCCCUCCCACCGCCACUGGUUCAGUGUCUGGCAAGAAGAUCAUAGAGUCCGGUGGUCAAGCUGAGAAGUCUGCUAAGAGAAAGAGAAAGAAUCAGUACAGGGGGAUUAGGCAGCGACCUUGGGGAAAAUGGGCUGCUGAGAUCCGUGAUCCUAGAAAAGGCUCCAGGGAAUGGCUUGGAACAUUCGACACCGCCGAGGAAGCAGCAAGAGCCUAUGAUGCAGCUGCACGCAGGAUCCGUGGUAGUAAAGCUAAGGUGAAUUUCCCAGAGGAGAGCAACAACAACCGUAGCGUCUCCCAGAAACGACCUUCUGCUAAGAAGCUGGUGGCUAAACCAAACCAAAGCCCAGCUUUGGUUCAGCAGCCAAUGAGUCAGUACUGCAACAACUCCUUUGGUGAUGUGAGUUUCGUGGAAGAGAAGCCUCAGAUGUACAACAAUCAGUUUGGGUUAGCAAACUCGUACAACAACCACUACUUCAGUUCUGAUCAGGGGAGUAACUCAUUUGACUGCUCUGAGUUUGGGUGGAGCGACCACGGCCCCAAGACACCUGAGAUCUCUUCGAUGCUAGUCGGUAAUAACCAAGCUCCGUUCACUGAAGAAACCAAUGCAGCCAAGAAGCUCAAACCCAGCUCUGAUGACGGAACAAGCAACCAGUCUGAUGAUCUGAUGGCAUACCUUGACAAUGCCUUGUGGGAAUCUCCAUCUCCAUUAGAAGUUGAAGCCAUGCUUGGUGUAGAUGCUGUUGCUGUGACUCAGGGAGAGGAGAACCCGAUGGACCUAUGGAGCUUAGAUGAUAUCAAUUACAUGCUGGAAGGAGUCUUCUGAAGUGAGUGAUGGUUUGCCUAAUUUGUAAAUAGAGCUAUGUGUGUGUUGGAUUUCGCUGUUGAAGGGGGAAUGGUACAAGUCACAACCUGGAGCUUAUUGCAUCGUUUAUUAUCUUAUAUGAAUGUCUUUUAAAUUCUCUGAAAUAAAUGGGGGUGAUGAUUAGUAAAUAGAGGUAUAAUCUAUAUCUAAUGAGUCCUCUUCCUUUCAGUUUUUUCUUUCUUCUUUUCUAAGACAGCUUAUUAAAUCUAUUAAGCUCUGUUUUUGAUCUUUGGUAUCAUCACCCUCGCAAGUGUUUUGUUUUGUACCCAUACUUAUUUAACAUUAUAUAAUGAAAACUAUAUGGAAGCUCUGUUUGUA